ACGUUUCUCCACCUGAACAAGUGUCGAAGAAACCGCUUCUCCCAACGUUAAUUUAGGUUGACAUAAUUUAACUUUAAUGUAACUAUUCAUACAACUAUAGUCCAUGAAGUAUCGUUACUGCAUAUGGUUAAGGUUAAGGAAAGUAAUUACUGUUUAUGUCAACAAACUUUCUUGUGGAGGCAAAGACAGGAGCGAAAAUGGUGAUGGAAAAGCUCGGUUUAACUUGUGAUAGACUUCUGUCACACCGACAACUUGCGUGUUGUCCCUCUCAUUGUUGCAUACCAACACGGCACGGCAAGGACAUGCUCAUCUACAGUAACGUGGACACAGUGCAGAAGCCCCUGUUGCUAACCGGCCACCAUGGCGAGGUCAGUGCAAUGACCUUUGGAAAUCUAACCAGUCCAGUUCUUCUCUGCUCUGCCUCUGCUGACUACGUCAUUGUCUGGGAUAUUGCAUUGUGCCAGAAGAGAACACAGGCGGGCAGAGUUGCAGCUGGAACAGUUGUCGGGACUUUACUGGGUGAAGUGGUCCAUCUUUCAUUCUGUUUCUCUGAUGAGCGAGUGGCAGCAUGCUCAGGAGCAACUGUACAUAUUCUCGGUUCAAAGAGACAUGAAAUGCUAUCCACUUUGACUCGCCACUCCGCCCCGUUGACAUCGGCAGAGUUCUGUCCCUGGAAUAGAGACAUUCUUGUCACCACAUCAGAGGACCGCACUUUUAAAGUUUGGGAUUUAAAAACGGAAACUGUUUGCUACCAGUCUUUUGUGCUUUCAGCCUCUCCACUGCUCUGUGUGCUCUUCUUAGAGGAGAACCAGCACAUUAUCACUGGUUCAACUGAUGGUCAGCUGUGGUGCUUCUCCCUCCCGGAUGACCACAAGUGUCACCUGGUGACAAAAAUGGACCUUGAAAUGAUGGAAAAAAGACAUCAAAUGCAACAAGGGACUUUGAGCGAUCAAACAGGGGUGGCAGAACAAUCAGCUCCAGAUAAAGUGAAGACCUCGAAACCUGUCCUCAGAAUGGCUUUGUGUAACUCACUCACUGACACCAGUAGAGGGCAUACAAAGGAGAACAGCUGGCUUUGUAUUGGAAGCACUGAUGGCCUGUAUGUGGUUGAUUUGGCUACUUCAGAACUUCUAACAGCGCUAUACUUCAAAGACUACCCCAAUUUGAGCGUCACAAUGGCUGGCUCCUGGUCAAUCGCUCCAGGCUGGGAUAACUCUAUGCUGUUUUUCGUGAGCUCUCUGUUUACACCACGUGUGGUUCUGUUGGAGUUGCGCCUCUGUGACCUAAGGAGGACCCCGGCUUGUGGUGAAGGCUUUUUGGUAUUCCCCAGUUCUCCUCCACUGCCUGAAUCUCCUCUGAAUGCCGAGUUACAGAAGAAGGAGCCUAAGCAUUCUAAAAAGAAAGCAGGAAUAAAGGAGCAGCCUCUGGUUUUCCACUCAAAAGUGAAGUCAUCUGGAUACACCAGUGCCCCGAGAAAUACUAUGUUUUCACCUAAAACAAAUAUCCAGAAGAAUUCUUCCCCUCAAAAGACUAAGAAAAAUAAAGGUUUGCUCCUCAAAGAUUAUCCAGCUGACAUUGCAGCACCUUCUAUUCCCUGCGUUCAUCUAAGCGUUACCAAUAAGCCAAUCCACUGCCUUCAGUAUUCAGGUGACGGAAAACAAAUACUGUGUGGUCUUGGCGACAGCUCAGUGUUAUUGUACAAGACCUCCCUGGCUGGCAACCCAACUGUCUACACAGGGCAUGACAAGCCAGUGAUCAGCGUGAGCUGGAGCCUCAACAGACAGUUGUGGUUGAGUGCGUCAGAAGACCAGUCUCUGCGAAUCUGGACCCAUGGCAGCCCGAAGCCAGCAAUUACCAUGGUCGACAGUAUGUUCUCCAAAGCCAUUAGAGGUGCUCAGUUUUAUUACCUUGACAAAUUUCUGCUUCUGGCAUCUGGACACUCCCUAUACUUGUACCUGUACAAUGUGGACACCACGCGAGACAACAUAAAAAGUUAUCAGCAACGAAGUGUCCUCAAAUUGGCAAGAAGCUUUACGACAACAGAUACAGACAUCACCACCUUGUCUGCAAUCAACGAUUUCUUCUCCUACAUUGUUCUGGUGUGUGGUUCGGAUCGAUCCCUUCAAGUUUUUGACAUGAACAAAGGUAUAGUCGCCUCAACGCUCCCGGAUGCCCACAGCAGACCCGUCCACUGCAUUACACAGAACAAGGGCUCCAUGUUCAGUACACAGGCGGCAGAUUCAUACAACCUCUUCCUCACCAGUGCAGUCACCGAUGGUGUGAAGAUGUGGGACCUACGAACAAUGAGGUGUGUACGGCGUUAUGAGAACCAUGUAAAUCGCUGCCAUCCGUGCUCUUCAGCCAUAUCACCGUGUGGCCGGCUCAUUGCCUCAGGUUCUGAGGAUAACUGUGCAUACAUUUAUGACAUACGCAGCAGCAGCUACCUCCACAGACUUCAAAAACACUCUGACACAGUGCUUAGUGUGGCUUUCAAUCCUGCCACACCUGAGCUGCUAACUGGGACCCUGGAUGGGAAGCUGAGGCUGUUUCAGUCAAGCAGUGGGGCCCUUCUGUGUCAUGACACCAGCGCCGCUGUGCACAGUGUCCCCAACAUGACUGUGUAAUUACAGCGGGCUGCUGCAAGGACCAUGCAGGUUUUAUUAAGGCAGAUCCACCCCCCUGGCUAAGACUUUAACCACAUAGUGGGGUUGCUUUCAGUUAUUGGUUCACUAAGGAUCAAAAAUAGAAGUUUGAAGAGUAUGUGUUUUUUCUUGUUGUAUGUGUCUGUUGUGUUGUGUAAAUUAACUAGUUAAUUUCGGCAUAUCUUUGUAAAACAUCCAGCAUGUACAUCAUUUGAUCUCUUUUGGCCGGGAUUUGAAAGGGAUAUCAGUGGUGUCUUUCAUUAUAUUCAUUUAACGAUAUUAUUGCCGUGAGAUGAUGAUGAUGAUGAUGAUGAUGGAGAUAUGUUCUCAAUUACAGAUAAUUACAGCUAACUUUGCCAAAAAAAAUGGAAUCAGUAUUCCCAUCUGUUUGUCCAUAUUCUGGAUGGUGAAGCGUCAGAUUUUCUUUCUUCAGUAUGUGGAACAGAUGUAGACCUUCAUCAUAUGGCUGGGACGACAGGUCAGCACACAGAGCUAUGACAUCAACUGGGUGCAACCCAUUUGGCUGCCAGACACACAGAUGCAACUACUGUUCAUACUGACACACCCGCCCGCAUUGUUUAGGUUGUACAUAUACUCUUCACGCCCACAGUCGCAACAAAAUGUUUCACUACGACUGACACCAACUAUGCAGCUGUAAUAGAACAGAAUAAAAAGGAAGGACUCUGACACUGUGAAAUGUACAAUUACAAGGGCAACAUUGGUAAUAUAUAAAGUAACUUUGUAUAUUGUAUUUACGUUCUUGUCAUUUUGGAAACAUGUCAAGUUUGUCAUUCAAAACCAUUGUUUUAUGUUUCUAUUCAUGAUCUCCAUAUGAUUUAUUCUUGUUGUUGCCAGUUACGCUACUUUGUAUCGUAGCAUGUGUAAUACUAUUAUUACUUCUCUAACAUUCUGCAAACUUGGUGGUCAGCGAACAAACAAUGAAAAAUGGUCCCUGAUAUGAGGGGGAACCUAAACUCCAACUUUGAGUUGCUAGUUUUAGUUUCAAAACAAUAAUUUUCCUCACAAUGUCUUCUUCAAUAGUUUCUAUACUGUUUUGUAUUAUUGUUGUGUUAUACCUGUGCACUGCCUGGUCAAAACAUGCUUGUUUAGAACAGGCCCAAUGCUAUGCCCGUGAUGACACAAAUUUUGCACCCAACGCUGCACUUCCUUCGGUCCUGAGCCGUACACCUGCCACGCCUCAGUAGCAUGAAAAAGCAGAGCCAAUAUUCUGGUUCAUGAGGAAAAGACUUUCAAGGUAGACAACAUAGGCCUGGGACCCCAGAUGGAAAGGGUUCUAAACAGCUAUAGUGUUUUUUAGAAUGAAGCAUGUAGGAACAUUAUUGCAUUGUGACUAUUUUAACCCGUCGCUCCCAAAAAUACCUUCUAUAAUGUGUUAUUGCUCAUUAAACUAGCCAUGCCAUGUUGUUCUCAUUGAUCUAUUAGUUCGGUAAACAUUUUCAAAAUGUGUUGAUGGUUUCAAUCACUAGCUUUAAGUGUUCUUUAGCACAGCAAGUUGGCUUAAUGUUCAUUUGUAAAUGAUGGUCCCAAUUAGAGAAAAAAAAGGUUUCAUGAACGUUAGAGAGUAGAAAUGAUUUGGCUCAGCUUAAAAUGUCUUAUUAGGCUCUGGGUUGUAGCUUAUAUCCAGUCUCCUGUCUCUUCUGGUUGCCAAAAAAAACUUGUGGGAUUGGUGCACGUUUUUUUUACAAACAAAAAAUAGCACCUGCUUUUUCCCCGAUACGCUGCCAUUAUUGCAUUUCUAACCCACAGCUGUCUCAAAUGAGGCUAAUGGAAAACUUUACAUAAAUGCAAUGGAAUGAAAUUUUAAGCUCAUUCAUACCACGUCCGUGGCGGAAAGAUAUUGUAGUUGACGCAUUAUCUGACGCUGAUGUUCAUGAUAGAAAGAAAAAUCCACUAAUAGGCUGCCUUUCCUUCCUCAGACACAGCAAGAUUUGACCGCUUUUUUGUCCCCUGUCCAAUAUUCCGUGUUUGAUUGACUCUGUCCUUUUGGACGGUGUGCUUUGACUAAUACCGAGGCAAACUGUCUGUGCACAUCUACUUUCAGCCAGAACAGAUAAAACAUACACCUAUGAAGUUGCAGAAUAUGAUAUGAUGAGGAUUUCAUACAUACAUACAUUAUGCUUGUAUGUAGGAAGGCAUAAAAAUAUAGGUAUGCAUUGGCAUAGUUGAGUAUGGCCUGUCAUGAUGAGCUUUAGUGUUCCUGCAAGCAGAACAGUCUGCUGGAACAAAACAUAUUAAAUUGUCUUUGGAGUAAAUUUAUGUAGCCACAUUCCUCCUCUAUGUGUGUGUGUGUGUGUGUAAGCACGUCUUCUUGUCUGUGUGAGGUUGUCUUUUGGAGGCCCUCCCUGCACAUAUCACCAGUGAAGAAUUAUGUAUGUAUGCUUGGAAAUAAAGAGAAUUCAAGGAUAGACACACCCACACAUCAUAACGCAAGCUGAUCCAAAUUUUGAUAUUUUUUAAAUAUUUUGACCCAGAGAACUAAGUCUACGGCCAACUUUUCAGAGUACAAGGACUUUGUGUGUCAGCACUGAAAAAAUCAGAGUGUCACAGUGUUCUUCAUUUCGCAUCUUUGCAUCAAAUACAGCUGGAAAAAUGUCUGUAGGGGUCUGAAAGCUGGGCCUGAAUCUGAAUCUGAAUGCUUUACUUUAACUCUCUAAAUAAUGAAAACAAAGAUAUACAUCAUGAAGCACAAGUUUUUUAACGAUCCCGAAAGACCUCUCAGGAUCUCUGCUCCUUUGUUUUCAUGAACCCAGAGCAAGUGGGGAGCUGAAUAUUUGUGCACAUGUCAAGAACUGCUGUUAUAUAGCUUUGAGCCUUGGUACAGCACCAGUCAAAAGUUUGGACACACAUUCUCAAUCAAUCAUUUUUUUAAAGUUGACAUUAGAGUGAUAAUGUUUGACAUGACGACGUUUGUUUUGUUGCUGACCGGUAUGACAAAACAAUUAUUUAGCUUAAAGUCAUCUUUCACACACAUUACCAAUUCGG